AUGCCGUAUAAAUUCAAGAGAGAUUGUCCGGUAUGUGGUAAGCCAGAGUUACUCUCUUUGAGUGAUCACCUGCGUCAAGUGCAUCGAUUAAAGAGCCACGAAAGAAAGCAAUGGCUAAAAGCAGCAGUAUUUUCGGGAUCUAAGAAAAGUCUGGGUAUAACACAAGGAGUGUCCCGACGUUUUACACAAUUAUUGCACACAGAAAAGGAAAGAAGAAGAGAACGAAAACGAACUAUUGCAGCUGUCAAAGAACCGGAAAAACCUCAGCAUUGUAUAGUCAAGAGGCCCAAAUUCACUGACGAUGUUUUGUUGGCAACCGAGCCUUAUCCAGAUUUUAUGUUUCGCCAUAAGUUCUCACUCCUUGUGGUUGGACCAAGUCAAUCAGGGAAAACAGUUUUCGUAGAACAGAUUCUAACGAGAGAUCGUAUUGUCUACGAAACCAACAAGCCCGGUCGCAUUUUAUGGUAUUACAGUCAGUGGCAAGAUAGAUACGAAGCUUUGAAAUCAGCGAUCGGAAAGGACAUUAAAUUUUUUCGUGGCCUUCCCACAUUUCAAGAAGAUCUGCGAGAAAUUGACCCAAAAUACAACAACGUUAUCAUCUUUGAUGAUCUAAUGGCAGAAGCGAUCGAAAGCCCCAUCGUUUCUCGGUUGUUUACCCAAGGUCGCCAUAGAAAUGCGAGCGUCAUACUGCUCCUUCAGAAUAUGUUCCCCAAGGGAAAAUUUAACACCGAUAUCAGUCGGAAUGCACAGUACAUGGCUCUUUUCCGAAGUCCUAACGAUCGGAAACAAAUCAGAAUUGUUGCUGAGCGUAUGUUUGAUAAGAAUCGCCAACGAUUCAUGACAGCUUAUUAUCAGGAAACAGAGAGGCCUUACGGUUACAUCUUUGUAGAUAAUAAACCGGAUACGGCGGCAAAUAAGCAGGUGUUGAGCGACAUCUUUGGCUCUUGUCGAGUUUACCCAAGUAUCAACAAAACCUUAAAACCAGAGGGAGAGGUGGAAUCGAUCCCCCCAAAGGAUCUUAUUGUGUCCCCGAAAUAUGCUGAAGCUAAAUCAUCUGCGCGUAAACCGAAACCGUUUGAUCUGGAUUGGUGUGGGAUGACCUGGCCCGCCUUGCAGAAUUAUUUACAUGGAGCGCCCUAUCUCAAAGCUAUUCCAGAAGGGUUUGGCCUUUGCGAGAUGUACACGAGCACUCGAAAUGCUGUUAACCCUUAUACCCCCACAGUCAUGUUUGCAUCUGAAAAUUACUGGCCCGUCAAAAUAAAACAUUAUUCCAACGGCAAAAGAAAGUGGAUUUAUAUACACGAAGACGAACCAAGUGUCCAAGCAUUUGUUCAAGAAACGAAAGCA